AGCAUUUCCGAGACUGCCGUCUGGUGGCUUCGCGGGCUUAGAGCCCACCGAUGGAGUCAUCCUGCGGAAUGGAAUGAUCAUUUGCAGCACAGGGAAGGCCUACGCGGUGUUUCCUGCCCUUUCCCCCGCGACGUCACUUGCGAGCGCGCGCACGUCUCCCUCGCGUUUGAGAGCAUUGCUAGGCUCUUCCUCCGUGAAGCUUUCGGGCCGAGAGGAUCGAUCCAGAGCGAGGCGCUUCCAGUGGUUCUUUUGCUUCGCAGAAAUGACUGAGGCUGAAGUGAAUCCUAAAGCUUAUCCACUAGCUGAUGCUCAGCUCACCAAGACACUGCUUGAUCUUGUACAGCAGUCCUGUAACUACAAACAACUACGCAAAGGAGCCAAUGAAGCCACUAAAACUUUGAACAGAGGCAUUGCUGAAUUCAUUGUGAUGGCUGCAGAUGCAGAGCCCCUUGAGAUCAUCCUUCACCUCCCACUGCUUUGUGAGGACAAGAAUGUGCCCUACGUGUUUGUGCGCUCCAAGCAGGCCCUGGGGCGGGCAUGUGGUGUUUCUCGGCCUGUCAUUGCCUGUUCAAUUACUAUCAAAGAAGGCUCACAGCUAAAGCCACAGAUUCAGUCUGUCCAACAAGCUAUCGAGAGACUAUUGGUCUAAAUCUUAUCAGACCACUCAGUUACUAAACUAAAAUAACUCUGUGAAAGAUGAGCCUUGUCACUUGUACAAUGUUUACUACUGUUUUUGUUUUCUACCAGAUCUCCCUUCUGCCUGCCUCCAUUACACUUGACAUUUAGAUGAUU